AUGCAGUUGGGAGGCCUGCAGCGGCCGGGCAGCUGCAGGGGGCUUCGGCCAGCACAGCAGACGCGGCCGCUGCGGCCGCUGCAGCCUCCUGCUGCUGCUGUUGCGCGGCGGCCCGUGCAGAUCGCGGCCAAGUUUGGAGGCGGGGGCGGUGACGACGCAGCCAGGAAGGCGCUCGAG